AUGGUUGAUUGUGAUAUCAAUGGAAGUACAUGUGAUCAGAUCUCAAACAGCAACAAUCCAACAGGUUCAAUAUUCCUGGAUUGUUCAUCAAACACCAGGAACUUUAAUGAAGAAAACAUCAAUACAAUUAUUAUCUUUGUUGAGGUUCAGAAGGCCCAGGGUAUACCUGAUUCACAACAGGCAAUAUUGGAGUUUCCUUAUUUGAAGUCGAUCUCAAUUGGAAAUGAUAUGACGAUGAGUGUUGCCAAUCAAUCAGCCAACUUUCUUGAAUUGAUUGAUAACUCUGCCAACAAACUACUUCGUAACAUAUCUUACAGUUUCACUGGAACCUACUCAAUUCCACAAUUCUUUCCAACAUCAUUGACUUUGCAAAAGUUUAUCAUAUCACAAUGCAAAUUGAUAUCCAGUGUUCCGGCGACAUUAUUCAAACCAUCAUUAGUGGAGUUAAGGAUCUCAGCAUUCUACUACAGUGCACUUGAAUUAAAGUUUGACUCCUCCCUCUCAUUUCCAAACUUGGUAUCAUUGAUACUCCAAUAUCCAGAAGACUAUUCCUUGAUACAAACAAUGAACUUCAGCCAUGAUAGAUAUCCAUUAUUGAAAGUCAUUGAUAUAACAUCAUACCAAGGAAAUAAUUAUAUUAUUGACUUACCAAACUUGAAAUCAUUGGCAUUAAACACUAUGAUGGUUGAUGCGAUUCAAUCAAAUGUCAAUAUUGCCAGUGCCCCUCAAUUGGAGUCAAUGUAA